AUUGCGUUCAACAGUUAUAGACGUGUAAACAUGGAGUUCACUAACGCCGAAAUUCGCGCUAUUUUAAAGUUUUCCUUCGUUAAAGGCAAAUCCGCUAGAGAAACGUUCCGUGAGAUUAAUGGUGUUUUGGGGGAUGGUACUCUAUCACUUCGAACCGCGGAGGAAUGGUUUCGACGAUUCAGAGCCGGUGAAAACGACACCAUGGAUAAGCCAGCCGGCGGAAGACCUGUGACGACAAAUACCGAUCAAAUCAUGGAAUACAUCGAGUUAGACCGGCAUGUGGCAUCUCGUGACAUCGCCCAGGAGAUGGGAGUUAGUCACCAAACCAUUUUAAACCAUCUGCAGAAGGCUGGAUACAAAAAAAAGCUUGAUGUUUGGGUGCCGCAUGAUUUGACGCAAAAAAACCUUCUGGACCGAAUCAACGCCUGCGAUAUGCUGCUGAAACGGAACGAACUCGACCCAUUCUUGAAGCGGAUGGUGACUGGCGACGAAAAAUGGAUCACAUACGACAAUAUCAAGCGAAAACGGUCGUGGUCGAAGGCCGGUGAAUCGUCCCAAACAGUGGACAAGCCGGGAUUGACGGCCAGGAAGACGCUUAAUUCUACCAUCUACUGCGAACAACUGGACCGCUUGAAGCAGGCGAUCGACCAGAAGCGUCCAGAAUUGGCCAACAGGAAGGGUGUAGUGUUCCACCAGGACAACGCCAGACCACACACUUCGUUGAUGACUCGUCAGAAGCUACGGGAGCUCGGAUGGGAGGUUUUAUCGCAUCCACCAUAUAGCCCGGACAUAGCGCCAAGUGAUUACCACCUGUUCCUGUCCAUGGCGAAUGCCCUUGGUGGUGUAAAGUUGAACUCAAAAGAGGCUUGUGAAAAGUGGCUGUCCGAGUUCUUCGCAAAUAAGGAGGGGGGCUUCUACGAGGGAGGUAUUAUGAAGUUGCCGUCUAGAUGGAAACAGAUUAUCGAACAAAACGGCGCAUAUUUGAACUAA